ACGUAAGCACUCUUCAACUUUGGCCUCGGGGGUUUUCGUCCGUGUUCCUAGGAACUGAACCUACUACAUCAAGUACGCUAUUAGAAAUGUUCGUUCAUUCAAACGCAAAUUAAAAAUCACCUAAUUAAUUACAUAUUUCCUGUCAACGAGAUACCUGACAGCCUUAUUACGAAAGACUGUCUGCAUCAAUCUUUGUUGGAUUAAUAUAUACCUUACGGCGCGACAUUAGGUGUCAUUUUGUCGUGUAUGCAGCAGUGGACAAGGUGUUCUGAUACUAUAUAACCAAUUCCAUUUAAGAAGCUCAAGGCUUUAGACUCAGGACUCAGAACUACACGAAGCUAGCGGUAAAGCAUGAAUGGGACAGAAAGAAAUGACACUUCUACCAACCCAACGGAUAGAUAUUCACUGGUCGUUGGUACAACCAUACUUACCAUAGACCUGGUAUUCGCACUUGUUGGUGUUUUAGGGAACAUUCUGGUGUGUGUUGUCAUUACCAGACGUGCUAACAUGAAGACGAGCAUGAACUUGUACCUGCGAAAUCUCGCCAUCACUGAUUUGGGAGUUCUCCUAGUUAACUUUCCAUUAUCGAUCUAUUCAAUUCGCAGUCCUUCGAAAGGUUGGGUGCUUGGUCGAUUCCUGUGUCUAUACAUUUCCCCGGGGCUGGACGUGUUUUUUGGUGCUUCCAUUUGGUCCAUCACGGUGAUUGCCAUUGAGAGGUAUAAAAAUAUCAUCAGCCGUAAAGUUUUCGUAAAGAAAGGCGAGUCAUUCAAGAGAGUGACGCUCAAGAUUGUUCUGAUCUGGUUGGUGUCGUUUGCUGUGGUCGCAGCUCCGUUGUAUCCCUUGUUCGUUUACAAACGUGCAAACAAUUCGGCAUAUUAUGACUGCUACCCAAUAUGGCCUGCAUUUAUGAACAACUUUAUGUUCAAAGCCUAUGCUGUAUCCUUGGCAAUCUUCUGGUAUCUGCUGCCCCUCGGCAUCAUAACUGUUACAUACUGGAAGAUCUCCGCUCAACUGCGACAGAGCAACACCUUCCACAAAACUAUGCACGGAGAAGAAGCUGCAAAGAGCAAACUCUUCAAGGAAGAAGAAAGGCGACGACUCAAGCAAAACAAGAAAGCACAGAGAAUCCUGACACCACUCGUGGUCAUCUUUGCUGUUACUAUGCUACCAUUGAAUAUGCUUCGUCUGCUCAUUGCAUUUAUGCCAGAAUUCAAUCUGUUGGAGAAAAAUUAUUAUGUUUUAAUUCAUGAUCUGAGUGUCCUUCUGAUCGUUAUCAACUCCUCUUUAGAUCCUUGCGUGUACUACCUUUGUAGCAAAGAAUUCCGGGUUGGAAUGAAGGCGUUGUUCUCAAAGAAGGGAAACUUUCUCGAAUCUCGAGAUACAAUGAUGCAAACUACUAGCAAUAGUCAUAAGACGACAACCCGGUCGCUAUUAACAGCUGAAGUCGGCACACUAGCUGCAGAAUCCUCCAUGUAAAGCGAGAUCGAUUUAUGUCAGCGAAGAGGCUAACUUUCACAGCGCACAAACAAAGCUAGCUACCAGCUGUCUUUAAGAAAUGCAGAAACACUGAAAAAAACGCUACUGGUGGUAAAAACAGCACUAAAUGAAGACAAACUAAAACACUAAAGACAUACUAAAAGACUGGUCGAAUAUAUUAUCUCGCCAUAGGCGAGAACUAGCUUUUAUUUAGUUGUAAAAAGGGUACCUUAUGUUUCACAGAAUAUUUUUUACUAGAAAACAUAUUUCUUCCAUCAAAAGUGUUACGGACCGCCAUUUAAUCCACAAAAUCCAAAAAAAAACCUUAUCAACUUUAUACGGAACGUAUAUAAUCUUCGUAUAUAUGUAACUAGAUAGAUUAUCUUAUCUCGAACAAUAUAAUGAUGUAAAGAAAGAUUAGAUUGACACAGGGGAAAAAAAACUAAUAAAACUAACAUUAAUCAGACAAAAAAUAUUGAUGUCAUCACAAAAUAUGUCAGUAUCUCAAACAUAUUGGUUUUGCAUUAUCGAUCAACUGAAAUAUUAAAUUAUUUAUAGUA